GGACAUUAGAAGUUUUUGGUUAAGUUAUCGAUUAAAGUUUGUCAAAGUUAUACUCGAACGUCAAUGUAAUAAGGAUGACAACUCCUCUUCAAACGCAACUGUCGAGUGCUUUAGGGAGUAAAACGAAAUAUCUUGCGGAAUUAAAGAAAACAUUUGCGCGUCCAUUAAUACAACUUGCAGUGAAAGCGAUAGAACUGGAACAUAUAGAAGAAGGUAUAUUGGAACGGAUAAGCAAGAAAUAUAGUAUACCUGAGGAACACGUAGACGAAUAUUAUGCUGCUAUUCUUACAAUUCUGAAGAUACAUCUACGUUUGCAAUGUCAUAAUAUCAAACCUGCCGAGUUCAAACAAUGCUUGGAGGAACUGAAACUGAAUCCAGACUGUGCAGAAGAUUUAUCCUCUGUGAUCUAUGGUCCAAAGCAAGCAGACCUAUUGUCGGGUUUGAUUCAGAGAACAAAGUUCAAUCCGCAACUUGUAUCCUGCAAAUGGCGUGUAGAUAUCACUAUCUCGUCCAAUAUACUGAACAGAGUACUGGAGCCAAAUGUCGUGAUGGAAUGGAUCUUCAAUACGGGUGAAUGUGUGACGUUCGAAUUAUCUUUGGCAAAGUUCCAUCAAUUGAGGCACACCGUAGCUACCAUUCUCGUUGAGUUGCAAGCGCUGGAGCGGCACAGUAUUUUUAAAACUAUUCUGUCCAGCUGACAGUAACAACCGCUCAUUUGAGAGCAGCUCUGCAACAACAGAGUUUGCUCUAUGAUGAUUUAUUAAUUCUAAGCUCUGUAAGAAUAUAAGUAUUUACGUUUCUAUUUGCUUGAUUGAUACAUCACAGUUUAUUGUAUCGCAGAUAUAAGUAAAAAAUUAUUCUACAUUUUUAUUAUAAUGCUAUCAGAAAAAACGGCGAC